CUGAAAACCACAGACGUCGAAGUGGAAUUUGCUUAUUUCUACUCGAGCUGCAUGUGCACAAUAGAGCGAAGACAUGAGCAAACAGUGGGCAGCGGUUGUACUCGUCCUGAUUCAGCUACACUGCUGUGAUUGCUGUCCUGAUCUGUGCCAGUGCUUCUCAGCUGCAAAGGUCGUCUGCUCAGACGAGUCCAUGACAGCUUUACCUCUCAACAUCUCAGCGCAGGUGAGAGAACUGAUUGUAGUGGCGUCGGGCGUCACACUUUUGGAUGGCCGUUCCUUCAGAGAGAACCUCACACUUACUAAGCUGGUCGUUCUCAACAGCCUCGUGAAAAAGAUCUCUCACGACGCCUUCAACCGUCUGCUUGAGCUGCAGGAGCUGGAGAUCAGUGGAAACUAUUACUGGUUGACUUUUGAGGUGCAGACCUUCCGCUCGCUGGCCAACCUUACGAGACUGUUACUCAACAAUAAUAAGAUCAGCGCUCUGGACGCUGGCAUUUUCAACUCUUUGCAUAAACUGGAAGCGCUGCAGUUGAGGGGUAACGGCUUGUCUUAUCUGCCCAGACUCCUCUUCCAUCGUCUCCACAAACUGCAGGAACUCGACCUGUCCUUCAACCACAUCAGCUCCGUCUCAGCGGAUGUUUUCCAGAACAACUCUCUCCUGAGAGCACUCUCGCUGCAGGCCAACACCAUCUCACAGCUUCCGGAUGGGAUCUUCACCCGCCUGGAUCACCUGGAGGAGCUGAACCUCCGAAGCAAUCUCAUAAGCAACCUAAGCGCUGAAACAUUCCCGUCCGGUUUGCGGAAGCUGAUCCUCAAGAAGAACGCACUGGUGCAGCUGCCCCACACCAUCUUUCACAAACUGCAUCACAUUACGUAUCUGGACUUGUCUCAGAAUCAGCUGUCCGGAGUCCCUUCAGAUCUCUUUCAGAACCUCAUCUCGCUGAAAAAACUGGAUCUGUCUGAGAACCGGAUUACAGCAUUGCCUGGCUCUGUCUUCAAUGGGCUGUUUAGUAUAAAAGCCAUCCAUCUGCAGAAAAACAAACUGAGCUCGCUGGAAGCGAACCUGCUGAAGGAUCAGCACGAUAUAGAGCAGCUGUACCUGUCCAUGAACAGCCUGCAGAGCAUCCCACAAGGCUUCUUCGAUGACCUGGACUUCCAGUGCGUGGUCCAGCUUCACGGAAACCCCUGGCGCUGUGACUGCGGGUUACAGUACUUCUUUGACUGGCUGAGGUACAACGAAAGGAACGUGGAGGAUCUGACGAGGGUUUACUGUGAAGCUCCUGAGGUUAUUCGAGGACACCGCCUGGUGUCUGUGGACAAGGAGCAGCUCGUCUGCGGGAAAAACUCCAGCUCUGAGCUUCAAGGCUCCUCCGUCCCAAACGUCACUGAGAUCCCGGUUGAUGGCGAUGAUGAAGGUGCGAUUCGUUGCUCGCUCCGAGAAGUCAAAGGUGCAGCAUCCAUUCAGUGCAAAGUCACUAAAUGCACAAGCGUGAAGUUUGAGGCUCUUUAUGAAUUUGAUGGAAAUAAACAGGAGAGUUUCAUAAGUGAGUGGUCAGCGCAUGCGGGAUGCUCCAACGGGACCGUUUAGUGCUUUUAUUUAACAGCACAAUCACAUACUGUACAGAGUGCUUAAUGAGUUUCUGCUUUAGUUGUAUAAAUGUUUGGGGGGAAUUUUUCUUCAAAGCAUGUGAUGAUACAUGUGUACCUUUAGGGAAGAGGUGUCUAAUCCUGCUCCUGGAGAGCCAAUGUCCUGCAGAGUUUAACAUGCCCCAACACACUCACCCCGACAUUUCUAGUAACCCAAAGGCCUUGAUUAGCAGGUUCAGGUGUGUUUAAAUGGGACUGGAGCUCAACUCUGCAGGUCAGUGGCCCUUCAGAAGCAGGAUUGGACCCUCAAAGGGACAACUUUGUACACUGUUUAAGCCUAGAAGUGCCUACCCUACAGCAGUGCUUCUCAGACCUGUCCUGACGACCCCCCACUGCACACUUAGUAAGCCUCCCUCAUCAGACACGUCUUGCAUUCUCUGCUAAUGAGCUGGUGAGCUGAAUCAGGUGUGUUAGACAUUCAAAAUGUGCUGUUCUAGGGGGGUCGGCAGGACGGGUUUGAGAAGUUCUGCUUUAGAGUAGUAAUAUGUACCCUUAAGGUGCUACUAAAAACCUUUUAGGGGUAAAUAAGGGACGAAGGUGUCCCUAUAAGAGUCCUGCCCCAGUGAAGAUUAAAGUAGUAAUAUGUAACCAAAAAUGAAAAAUUGCUGAAAACAUCCUCAGGCCAUCCGAGAUCAGGAUGAGUUUGUUUC